AACCAGGGUGCGGUGGCGCAGGAGGCAUCUGUACGCCCUCGUCGGAGCGGUCUGGCCCUCGGCGUGCCGCGGGCCCAGAUGGGGUAGACUCCGCCGGCGCGGGAGAGGAUGGCCAACGACCGCAUCCGCGUGGCCGCGCGCGUGCGCCCACUGAGCCUGCAGGAGGAGGAGCGAGGCGAGUCCACGGCCGUGCGCGUCCAGGACGAGAACGUGGUCGUGCUGCAGCUGCCCGCCGAGCCCGCCGCGGGGGGGCCCCGGGCCUCGGUCCUCGGGGCGGGCCCCCGCGAGGGCCCCGGGCGCCCGUCGGUGGGCGGGUUCGGCCGCCAGUGCGACGGCGCCCAGGAUGCCGCCUCUCACGCGUUCGGGUUCGACCACACCUUCACCUCGGCACGAGGGGACGACGUCGAGACCCAGCAGGAGGACGUCUACAACCAGAUCGGGAGGCCGCUGCUGCAGGACUCCCUGGAGGGCAUACCCGGGGGGCGGCUGCCUCUUCGCCUACGGCAUCAGCGGCAGCGGCAAGACCUUCUCCCUGCUUGGCGGCCCGGAGGCUCCAGGCGUGCUCCCGCUCCUGGCCGACGAGCUGCUGGAGGCUCAGCGCGAGGCUGGCAGGACGGACGGCACCGACGAGGUGCGCAUCCACGCCGCCUUCCUGGAGCUCUACAACGAGAACCUGGUGGACCUCCUGUCGGACUCGCGCGACCGCCUGCGGCUCUUCGAGAGCCGGGAGGAGGGCGUCGUCGUGCCGGGCCUGCUGGAGGCCGAGGUCCAGGGCCGCGACAGCUUCUCGUCCCUUCUCGACCUGGCAACCAGCCGGCGCUCCGUCGGCGAGACCCGCGUGAACACCCACAGUUCAAGGUCACACAUGCUCGUCCAGCUGCGAGUUCAGCGGACAAGCAACGAGUGCACGACGCGCGCCAAGGUCCACGUAAUCGAUUUGGCUGGCUCCGAGCGACAGCGACGUGCACGCAGCGAGGGCGCUCGGAUGAAGGAGGGGAUACACAUCAACGUCUCGCUGUCUGCGCUCGGUCUUGUGAUAUCCCGAUUGUCUGAGAUUGCGCAGGGCCGAAACCAUUGUUCUGUCCCCUUCCGAGACUCAAAGUUGACAUUCUUACUCAAAGACUCUCUGUCUGGGAAUGCACGUACACAGGUCUUGGUCGCUCUAACUCCAGCCAGUUCGUGUGCCGAGGAGUCGUUGUCCACACUGCGUUUCGCGCAAUCGGUCAAGAAGAUACACACUCGUGCUGUUGCCGACAUCAUCAAGGCUGGUGCACUGCGUGCUGACCGAGAUCUGCAGGCCCUCCAAGCAGAGGUGAACCGCCUGAAGGCUGAGCUUGACUCCAAGUUCUUGGACUCGAUGGCCAGCUGCUCGUUCUGCCGUGGCGGCAAGGGUGCCGAUUUUCCGAGCGAGCCGGCUGAGGCAUCGUGCGACGCGGGCGGGAAGCAGCUGCGGCGGCUGCAGGGGCAGUACCUCUCGCCCACCAACCGCACGAUACAGGUCGGCGGGGACGGCAGCGUGGUCUUCCAGGGCGGCAGCGACCACCACCCGAUCCGCAUCUCGCCCCCCGCCUCGCCGGAGGCCGAGGAGGAGGACCCCGGGCCGUCUGGCGGCGGGGCAGAGUAUCGGCUGUACUCCGAGGGCGACCCGGAGUAUCGGUACCUGCUUGUUGCCGAGGAAGAGGGGGCGCUGGUCUGGCGGCACGAGGACAACCCUGAUGCCGACGACGCCAACGAGCUCAUCCGCUGGCAGCGCGUUGCCUCGCAGCACGAGGCGGCCCUCGGCCGUGUUCGGCGCGCCGCAGCCGAGUCCAAGUCGCUGGGCCCCGUGGCUGCGGCGGCCGAGCUGCUGCUGCAGAGGCUAGUACCGAGCAAGGUCGAGGGCGCUGCCGACGAGCUCGUCUUGCUGUGCGAGGAGAUCGACGAGACGAACGUCCUCCUCGGCCGCGCGGGGGUGACGCCUCCGGCCGCCGCCGCGGGGGCCUCCUCGGCCCCGCGCCUCGAGGCCACCUGGCUGGCGCCCGAGCCCAACCCGGACCUGCCGCCCAGGGAGCUGCUCCGCGUGAAGGCCACCACCGCGCUGGGCAGGGAGAUCUGGUCGCUCGACGAGUUCCGGGCGCGCCUCCAGGUCCUGCGCCAGGGUGGCGGCAGUGCCGCGGACUCGUGGGCGCAGGACCCGCGGCUGCUGCGGCGGAGGGUCGGGAGCUUCUGGGCCGGCCGCGGCCAUGACCCGGAAGUGUCCCCGGCCGCGCGCGGGCCGCCCCGCAGCGCCCGCGCCCCCGCUGGCCGCGGCGAGCAGCACCGCGCGUCCCCCGCCCGCGCUGCCAGCGCCAGCCCGCCGUCCGCGCAGGCGCACCGCUGCCGCAGCCUGAGCCCCCGCGCCAGCGGAACCCGCGGCUCCGGCCGGCUCAGCCCCGCGCCGCGGGCGCUGUGGAAGCGGAGCGACCCGCCCACGGUGGCCUUCGGCCAGAGGCCGCCGUCCGCGUCCCCCAAGUCCAGCGGGCCGGUGGUGCCGCCGGUGAAGGGGCUGCCCAGCGACAGAGCGGCCUUCGCGCACGUCUCGCCCCGCCCUGGGCCUGGGCCGCUGGUGCCUCGCAGCAGCUUGUCGCCGUGGUCCCUGCCGAGGGCCAGCAACACUUCGCCACCGCCGAUGCCGAGGUCCAGCUCCGGCAGCCGCGGGGAGUUCCACACCCUGAGGGGCAGCUACUCCUCCACGUCGGGGGUGACGGUGGAGGUGGGCCUGAACGGCACGGUCGACUUCGGCGGCGCGACGCUGCUGAUGAAGCGGCAGGACGGGGAAGUGCUCCUCAGCAACCCCGCGUGUGCCGGCUACGGGCCCUACCGGCUCCUCGCGCAGCAGCCCGAUGGCGUCCUCCUGUGGCAGCACACUGACCCCGCAGAGCGCGAGGCCGCUCCGAUCAAGUGGGCGCCGGCGGCCCCCGUCGUGCGAAGGAAGUCGUGGUCCGAGCAGCACCCGCCGGUCCCCGAGGAGGCCGCGCUCGUGCGCAACGCCUCCGAGGGCGCCGAGGCGCCCCGGCCGCGGGCGGCGCCCGCGCACCGGGCCUCGCUGCCGGGCGCCCUCGGCGACAGAGGCGGCGGAGGCGGCGGCCCGGGAGCCCG